UGGUGGUGGAGGGGGCUGCUGCUGGUAUUGGAGGGGGCUGUCAGCAUGGGCUAGAGCCAGGGGCAGAAGAGGAAGCUCACUGACAACAACCACCCCCCCUGGGACACAGCAUGGAGCUUAUGGAGCAAGAAACCCAGCAGCAGCUGAUACCGGAGGAGUUACCCCUGUUUCAGGCUCCAGACCUGGGAGAAGAUGCCGGCCUUUACAUGGAGUUUAUGAUGAAGAGUCCCUGUUACGACGCUAUCCCGACAAGCUGCAAACUGGUCGUGUUUGACACGUCCCUCCAGAUAAAGAAAGCGUUCUUGGCUUUAGUGGCUAACGGAGUGCGAGCCGCUCCUCUCUGGGACAGCAAAAAGCACUGCUUCGUUGGGAUGCUGACGAUCACCGAUUUCAUUAACAUUCUGCACAGAUAUUACAAGGCCCCGCUGGUUCAGAUUUACGAGCUGGAGGAGCAUAAGAUCGAGACCUGGAGAGACAUUUACUUACAAAGUUCCUUCAGGCCCCUGAUCCACCUGUCACCUGGAGACAGUCUCUUCCAUGCCGUGUAUUCCUUAAUCAAGAAUAAGAUCCAUCGCCUGCCUGUGAUGGACCCGGCGUCUGGAAAUAUUCUGCACAUCCUGACUCACAAGCGCCUGCUGAAAUUCCUGCACCUUUUCGGGGACACUCUUCCCAGACCCCGUUUCAUGCGGAGGACCAUUCAGGAGCUGGGAAUCGGGACAUUCCGAGAUAUCGCCGUCGUUCAGGACACGUCUACGGUUUACAGCGCCCUCGAAAUCUUCGUGGAGAGGAGAGUGUCCGCCCUCCCCGUAGUGAACGAGUCGGGGCAGGUGGUCGGACUUUAUUCCCGUUUUGAUGUGAUUCACUUGGCGGCACAGAAGGUGUAUAAUAAUCUGGAUAUAAGUGUCGGCGACGCUCUGCGGCUCCGCAGCCUGUGUCUGGAGGGCGUCCUAAUGUGUUACCCGCACGAAACCCUGGAGGUUGUGAUUGACCGCAUCGUAAGAGAACAGGUGCAUCGCCUGGUGCUGGUGGAUGAAGCGCUCCGUCCUCGUGGGAUUGUAUCGCUAUCGGACAUUCUCCAGGCUCUGGUUUUAACCCCCGCAGGUCUAGACCGGAAUAAUCUGUGAUUACGGAGGCAGAGAGUAUAAAGCCUUCUGCAGCCGCGGAGAUCUGGGGUCAAAGACCUUUCUUUU